AUGUCCGGAGACCCAACACCCAAUCCAGAAGCACUCCCAAGCACCAUCAGAGGGAGUGCAACAACCAGCAUCAUGGCGCGGCAACUCAUACCUUGGUCAUUGUACGACUUGUCCGAAGCUCAUGCUCCGGACUCACUGGACACGAUGCGGGACUACUUCCGCCGAUUUGGAAAACUGCGCGAGAAGGGUCUUGAUGGAAUCGAGUAUGAAGCCCUGCACUGUUCUUGGUGUUCCUUCAUCCAACGUUUGAAUCGGAUGCUCGAGGAUGGUAGCAGCCUUCAACUAUGGCUCGCCAACCGAGAGGAGCUUCGCGCCGAUCGCUCCAUCGGCGCGCUACGCGAGAGAUCUUGUGACUCGAAUCCACGCCCAACUCAUGACGAAUGGCGACGACACAUCGCUGAGUCUCCACUCAGUGAUCGCGAACGAAGUUGGAUUGCAAAGUAUGAGCGAAGUCUGAGCGAACGGAGAAGCGCAGUUAUUCGUGGUGCGCCUCGCUGGAAGCACCACUCGCGACGGCGGAGUCAAUAUCCGCGGAAUAAUCAGCGCAGGGCAUCGACACGUUUGCCUGCCCGUCCUGAUGCGCGAUUCUCGCCUCACGAUCGUGAUAAUAUGUAUUCACCACGACGUUCUCGUUCACAGCAUCGUUCUCGUUCACGACAUCGUUCUCGUUCGCGUCAUCGUUCUCGUUCUCGACGACGUGGAUCUCCUUACCGCUCUCGUUUGUCACGAGAGCGUUCGCGUGCUCGCCCGCCUUGGAAUAGCCCGACUUCGUGGCUUCAUACCACAGAACCACAUCUGGAACGUCACGAAGGAGCGAGGAACGUGGUUCUCAUGUAUACUUCUCGGGAGGGAAUCCAAGCCAACGUACUCGGUACCUGCGCACGGAUGGAACCGCGCGCUUCUCAUGAGCCGACUGCAGUGCUGGUUGUGGAGGGUCCUCGUGACCCACAAUGCGGUCUACAAUCCAGCGCACCUGUCCCUCCGCAUCAACAAGCGAAGGAGGGCCCUCGCGAUGGUAAUGCUGGCUUCCUGGUUGCCCAGGAAGAUGUUAAUCAGGCCAUGAACAGAGCUGCCGAUGCUCAUCUAGAACCUGAGGCUGCUUUUGGGCGUGCUGCACAGGCGGAGAGAACUACGAGUGAAACCCGGCAGUCGAACCGUGAACUGCUCGAACGGGUGAGGGUUCUGGAGCUCCAAGUCCUUGGUCGUGUACAUACGGCAUCGCAACCGCGCCCGAUGCCAUCGGCGCGUCAAGCACGACGGGAAGGCCGAUCGACUUACGGACUCCUGGAGCCGGCAUCGGACCCAAGCCGUGAAGCGUAG